AUGUUCUUCACAACGAGUGUCGAGGAGUUUCUGGUGGCAGAACGGCGCUGGCGCAAACGGGCGUCCCUCGCCGUUGGACGCAGCGGGCACGCAGCCGCAGUCCUGACGGAAGCCGGAGGGGAGGCGCUGAUCGGCGUUUUCGGUGGAUGGCGUAUCGGUGGAACCCUUUCCUCUUGUGAAGUCUAUGAAGUCAGUCGGAACAGGUGAGAGCACACUCGUCCUGGCGCCUCCUUUUUUUCUUGCAAAAUCUUCCUGUUUUGCCUCCUCACUCGUCUCCUCCUCCUCCUCCUCCCCAACACACACAGGUGGUUCAAACUGCCCGAUCUGAGAGAGAAGAGGGAAGGCACGGCGGCUGUUUGCCUGCCCGGCGACAGCAGAGUCUUCGUUUUUGGCGGCUUCAGUGGCUCCACCUGGCUGGCUUCUGUGGAGUUCUGCCACCUGCGAGCAGACUGGCGAGAGAGGGCGACCUCGUCGGACUUUUGGCAGCCAGCCGCACCCAUGAGAACUGCACGAAGCGCUCUGGCAGCGACACACUUUCGGGGGAAAAUCAUUGUCGCCGGGGGAUAUGAUGGCCGUGGAAACAGAUUAAACGUGGUGGAGAUGUUCACACCACCAGAUGCCAGGUGUCCCCAGGGCCAGUGGACAGAGCUGGCCGGCAUGAAGGAACCCCGCGCGUUUUUCGCUCUUCUCACCUCCACCGACGACGCCGUCUUUGCUCUCGGUAAUGAUGCCUCCUCCUGCUCCUCUUUUGCUCUACACUGA